CCGAUCAUGGCACGAACCAAGCAGACCGCCCGUAAGUCCACCGGAGGCAAAGCCCCCAGGAAGCAGCUGGCCACCAAGGCUGCCCGUAAGAGCGCCCCGGCCACCGGCGGCGUGAAGAAACCUCACCGUUACAGGCCCGGUACCGUGGCUCUGAGAGAGAUCCGUCGCUACCAGAAAUCCACGGAGCUGCUGAUCCGCAAGCUGCCCUUCCAGCGUCUGGUGAGGGAAAUCGCUCAGGACUUCAAGACGGACCUGCGCUUCCAAAGCUCUGCUGUUAUGGCUCUGCAGGAGUCCAGCGAGGCUUACCUGGUGGGUCUGUUCGAGGACACCAACCUGUGCGCCAUCCACGCCAAGAGGGUCACCAUCAUGCCCAAAGACAUUCAGCUGGCCCGUCGCAUCCGCGGAGAGCGAGCUUAAACCUUCUGAUUCUCCCCACACAACAACGGCUCUUUUCAGAGCCACCACACUUUCUCAAAAGAACAAAUUCCUUUUCUGCAGAAUUAUGGCCAUGUUCUUGAAUAUGGUUCAAUUAUAAACUGGAAUAAUUAUUGCAUCAUAUGUGAGACAUGCAUUGUAUUUGACUUAGCAGGUGUUUUAUUAAACAGAGCAUUGUUUGAUAAAUGAACAGUCCAAGAUAUGAAGCUUGGUUAACUUUUGAGUAAAGAAACAUUCAUUUACACAUUGUUUAUUUUUAUGGCACAAUUAAACAAUACAAUUCCAUGUACCAACACUAACAUCCAAAUUGGUUGACAUAAGACUACAGCAGCAAACAAAAGUCUAACCUAGUUUUAAAGGCGCUGAGGUAUUCUGCAGCUUUCUAGAAUUUUGAUCACGGUAUGUGUAGCAGAAAAACUCUGCUGCUUAAUUUUUAACUGGCAACAGAUUAGACCGACAACCUAC